AUGAUGUUAGGAGAGCAUUUAAUGAGCUGGUCUAAGACCGGUAUUAUUGCAUACAGCGACUCACAAUCGCCAAAUGCUAAUAUUUGCCUCACGUUUUUGGAAUCCAUUAAUGGAAUAAACUGGCGAUUUCACACGCCGCAAAAAUAUGUCUUACAUCCACAAUUGCACGAAUUCCAAUACCCCGAAAAUAGUAGCACUUCAAGCACUCAUUCGACAACGACUUCAGUCAACGGAUCAACUACAGCUGCCGUAGGAACUACACCGAAUUUUGGAGCGAACAGCAAUAAGUCCGCUCCACAGUUCUUCUAUAAUAUAUCUUCCAUUCACUGGAACAACUGGUUUAGUUUGCCAGGGGAUAUGUUAGCUGUAUGUGAUGAAUUAGGUAACAUGACCAUGCUAAUUACUGGACAACGCCCUGAUCGGGCCACUACAUACGAAAAGCUGACGAUGGUAUUUCAAGAUAAUGUUUACAAAAUCUAUAACCACGUUAUGCCCUUAAAACCCGUCGACAAGCUGAAACCUAUGAACAUUGAAAGAAAGCAGACGAGGAAAGAAUACAAUACAUCCAUCCUUGAGUUUCGCUGGCUCACCUCUUCAAAGUCCGUAAUCGUGUCUCAAUUCUGCGCAUUUGACAGUAGUUCUAACACAUAUAGAAGCAGGGCUCAGCAAGUGCCUCCAUAUGGUGUGUAUCAUCCACCCUUCAUAAAAUAUGCAUGCUUGGCAAUUAGGAAGAAUGGUCAAAUAGAUUUUUGGUAUCAAUUUUCAAACUCAAAGGAUCACAAAAAGAUAACGUUACAGCUAUUAAAUACUUCAAACCAAAGAUUCAAGGAUCUUCAAUGGCUCGAAUUUGCUAGAAUUACGCCUAUGAAUGAUGAUCAAUGUAUGUUGAUAACGACGUAUUCAAAACUAUCUAAAACUAUUUCUUUCUACAAACUGCAUGUUAAUUGGAAUCUUAACGCGACCAAGCCAAACGUCCUAAACGACCCAUCCUUAAAAAUACAGUUUAUAUUAAGCACCACGCUGGAUCCGACGGAUGAUGAAGGACACGUUUUGAAGCUAGAAAAUCUGCAUGUUGUAUCUAAAUCAUCAAUUGAGAAAGAUUCGUCCCCAGAAAUUUUAGUUUUGUACAAUGUUUGCGGUACAUCGAAAUCAUUGGUGAAAAGAUACAGACUGGCUCCAACACAACUUUCAGCUGAAUAUUUAGUGAUAUUAAAAUCAGAUUUGAAUAUCGAUCGAAAUAACACCGCGAAUCAAAUAUUUCAGUCACGCCGCUAUAACCUUCGUCGCCACAGCGAUAUCCUCCUUGAUAAAAAAGUCACCCUGAUAACUUCUGAGAUGUUUGAUGGAUUCGUUUCAUUUUACUUUGAGGAUGGUACCAUCGAAUCCUAUAAUCAAAAUGAUUGGAAACUGGAGACUGAACGACUUAUAAGCCAGAGCCAAUUAGGGAAAUUCAAAAAUAUUAUUGCAUCCCCAUUAAGCGCUGGAUUCAAUUAUGGAAAGCUUCCUCUACCUCCAUCGGUUGAAUGGAUGAAGGUUUCGCCAUCUAUGUGCGGGGUUAUUGUUAAACAGUACAACAAAAAAUGGCCACAGUUUUAUGCUGCUGUUCAAGAAAACUACGCAGAUCCUGAGAAGGAUUCUAUAAAUGCUACAGCUCUAGCAUUUGGAUACGUGAAAAGUUUGCAUAAGCAAAUAUCUGCUGAAGAUUUGACGAUCGCUGCGAAAACGCACAUACUCAAGAUUUCAUCUCUGGAUAAAAAAAGGGCCAAAGAAUUUAUUACGACGUUAUUGAAAAGUUUAUACGCGUUUUUCAACAUUUCUCCUGAUGCACCUAAGGAAAUUAUGGAUAAGAUAAUUACAAGUAGGCCAUUACAAAAGAUUAUGUUAUUACAGUUGGAACUUGGCAGUUGCUUCUCGCAAGAAAACAUUGAAGAAAUGGCAAGAGUUAUUCUUUACUUGAAAAAUGUUUUGUUUGCAUUCAAUGGUGUGGCGAGAAAUUUCCAUUUCGCCAUUGAACAAAUAAGCAACAAUUCGAACCAACAACAAAACCCGAAAUUAUUCCAGACCAUAUUUUCGAAACAAGAUCUCAUUCACUCCUUGAUUCCUGUUGCUAAAUGGUUUGUCAAAUUUGUUACUUAUUUGACUCAAGAAAUUUUAAUCUUAAUAAACGAUCCCACAAACAAAGAAUACACUCUAGUCCACGGGAUAUUUGGAGCCAAAAUGUCAAGGACUUUGAUAUUGUCUAUUCUCAAUGAAAUCAAGAAAGUCACUCAAAUAGUCGCAAAAUUUCCAGAAACUUCAUACCCAAUUUUAAACGAGUCGUCAACUUUUUUGAAACUCGUUUUGUCCGAAUCACCAGUGGAUUUCGAAAAAUUUGAAACAUUUUUAGUUGAUGUCAACAACAAAUUUAUUGCGUUGUGUGAACAACAGCCAUCGCAAGAACGUGAAUUUUCGCUGUUGGUGAAAGCUGAAAUCCCUCCUGAAUAUGCCAAAGUGGGAGAUUUCCUCCUGCAGUAUGCUAAUAAUGCAGUGAUUUCCCAUGCGAAUGCAGCUGCGGUAUAUUUUGCAGAUACCAGUGGCUUAAAAAUUUCUAAUUCAGAGUUUUUCAAUCCUGAAAUAUUUCACUUAUUACAACCUUUGGAAAAGGGAUUAAUUAUUGAUACCGAUGAACUACCCAUAAAAAAUAGAACCUCCAAAUCUUUUAGCAAAUUAUUGUACGACGAUGUAACCUGUGACAAACUGAGUAUAUUAGAAAUAUCAGAUGGGAAACUUAAGAGAUGUAGUAGGUGCGGUUCCGUCACUAGAGCAGGUAAUGUAAUAUCGAGUGAUAAGACAAUUGUACCCACUAGCAUUCAAACUAAAAGAUGGCCAACCAUGUAUACAAGACUGUGCAUAUGUUCGGGCAUGCUUUUUGAGAUGGACGGCUAA